ACCAGCCCCGGAUCCAACCUCAGUCCGGAGUCAGUCAACAGCUCCGCAAGCCUGUUGUGUAGUGUAGUGCGAAAGUGAAAUUUCCGAGUGCGAAUUCCAUCAGAAUAGUGAGAGUGGGAGAAGAGUGGGUGACUGGCAGGACAUCUGCCCCAGCCGAAUCCUUUCCUCCGGGGAUGCGCGAUGCGAUUGCCCCCGAGUUAAUUAACUGCGCGCGUGCAUCAAUCGUCGGGAAAUCAAACAUGUAACUCUGCGAUCGAUAUUUGUGAGGUGGUGCCAAAGUAGAACCCCCAAAACGAAAUCAGAAACAAGCCACCGAUUUUGUGCAACUCCAAAGGAAGCACUGCCAGUGAUUUUGUGAAGAUAAUCAGUGGCCUGAUCGGGCAAGAAAUCAUUCGAUUUUUGAUAUUCGCAUUUCUGCAUUGACUAAUGGCCAACAACUCGUUGUGUUUGAAGCGUUUUGUGUGCUUUUAGGAAAAUCAAAACCAAUCCAAUUGCAAAACCUAUUCCGAACCCAACCCCAAUCCAAAAUUCAACCCACUUGCAAAGAGGGGCGGAACUUCUGCAUCGAAUUGCCAUUUCAGCUGGAACAAACCAAUACGGAAAUAUGCAUAGGUUUUGGAUAAUCGUUUUACUUUUAGGAUUACUAUAUACAAAGCCAAUAAAUGGACAAUCGGACGUGGAGGUGCAGCUGGUGGUGCCCCGGUAUGUGGAGCGCGGCUCGAGCGCCACUUUCAAGUGCCGGCACAAUGUCCAACCGGAAAUACUCUUCAAGGUGACAUGGCUGAAGGUUGACAAGGGCAAGUUCUUCGAGUUUAUAAAUGGACGGAACCCGCCAUUCCGUAACUCCACCAUCGAAGGGGCUGAAAUUGACUGGGACAACUCCAACGAGCAGCAGGUGACCCUCAGGGAUGUGCAGUUUGAUCUCUCCGGGCAGUUCUACUGCGAAGUCUCCACGGAUACACCCAUCUUCACCAAGGCCAGCGCCGACGAGCUGAUGAGCGUGUUCUUGCCCCAGACGGGUCCGCCCACAAUUAAGUUCCGCAAACGCACGCCCUUUGCGGUUGGCGAGAAACUUUUUGCACUGUGCAACACCACUCGCGGACGGCCUGCCCCGCACAUCACGUGGCUAAUCAAUGGGAAAAAGGUGGAGGAGAAGUACGUGCGCACUCAUCAUGUGUUCUCGUUCAACGGCAAGCACCAGCGCCGCACGCAGCAGCAGCAGCAGACGCAGCUGAGUCAGCAGCAGCUGCAGCAGCAGUACUAUCAGCAGCAGUACUACAACCAGUACCACCAGCAGUACCACAUCCCAGUGGGCCAAUUCAUGGACCGCUAUGACAAGAGCCUUCGUUGGCCGGCCGGCGCCCGUGCGGAUGAAUUUCCGCAUUUUGCCGCACACCAUCACGAGGGCCACCAUCAUGGCGGCGGCGCUGGCGGCGGAAGCAGUAUAUACAACAAUCCGUUUGGCUCGCUGGCUAACUACCAUGACGUGGGCGAGUUCCAUGAGAUACAUCAGCGCAACUAUGACAUCAACAAGAAGAAGCUCGAGCUGAAGAAGCAACAGCAGAUGGAGCUGAAGAAGCACAGGAACAGCAGCAACCGCAAGUAUCGGCGGCACAUCAACGAGAACGCCCUGGGCAUCAUCCGGAGUACCCUGAACAGCGGUGGCUUUGGCCCCCAGGCGCCCAACAUUGCCAAAGAGCUGGGCAUACCCCCGAACUCGGGUCCCAUGAAUCAGCUGGCGGCCGGCUACCAGCGUCCGCUCUCCCAUCCAGGCGGCGGUAGUGGCGUGGCAGCAGCCGCAGCGGCUGUGACCGCCGCCCAGCAGGAGAAGGGCAUGUUCAGCAUCAGCCAACUGAACCUGGAAAUCACCGACGAGCAUGUGGGCAGCAAUGGGCGCAUGGAGAUAACCUGUCUGUCGACGAUACCGGCGACUGUCGGCCAGGGCGAACAGUAUGCCGACUACAAAACGUACUCCGUCAAAGUUGAGGUUGAGCGACAAUUGGCCUCCUCCACGUCGACGGCCGCGCCCAGCAUCGGUAUGGCGGCACUGGGCAACGGUAAUGGACACGGGAACGAGACUUCGGCUGGGUCUGUGUCCGUAAUGCCACAUCUGUGGUCUCUUGCGCAGAUUCUGCUACUCAUGCUUCUGCCCCUACCCCUGAGCUACUAGGAGCCCCAGCAUGUGCAGUAGCAGCUGGAGAGAAGCAGACCACCGACAUACUAAGGCAUAGUUACGCCAAAACAAAGGACACCCACAUCAUCAUCAUCAGCAUCAAGGACAGGAGCAGCAGCAUCAGCAGCAGAACUAAGUUGGGGUUUUAUAAAUUGUACACAAAAUUUUAAUUUAUUUCCAUGUGCAUGAGCUCGAUUGAGCAGGAAAAUUAGCACAGCACAAAAACAAAUUACAACAAAGACGGGGGACACGACGAAGAGCGAGUGGAUUUGGAGGAGAAUUUGUACCAUUUUUGUGCUGCUCUCCUUGAGAGCCAAUUUAAAUAGUUUACUUGUGGAUAUCGUAAUUUGAAAUGGUCGAGGGGCCGCGUGCGUUGAUUUUUCCCCCUCGUUUUUUUGUGGGCCACCAAUGCCAAAGAGAAAUGUUUGUAAUUAAGUUGCAGUCGGAUACCACGGGCUGUGGGUAGCCAUUCCAUUGCAGCCGAUGCCGACGGGCAUUUUUUGUAGCGCAAAGAAAUUUUUGUAUAGCUAAUUGAACAUAAGUUUUGUGGAGAGCGGCACCCACCGGGCGGCCAGCUAAUCCAACUAAGAAUAUCAAGUUUUUGUGCUCGUCAAGGUCAGUGCACAGUGGGUGUGGCAUUCCACCCAGUGAUUUUCCAUCGCCGGCCUUGCCAGAAGUUUGUGCGAAUGCCGCCCCCUGAGAAAUCCACCAUCCAAGCAAACGAAAAACGAAAAACGAUUGAAGCCAAGUUUUUAGGCGUUUCCAAGCAGUCGCUACGAAGCUUGUACCUAAAAUGCAUCGCAUCAUCCAAAUGCAACAGCAAGCAGAUGAACAGAUCCCCAUCCCCCAGAGGCACAUUAACAAUUUAGCGAAAUGAGAGUUAUUUUUUAUGGUGUUUGUAGCUUGUAGCUCCGGCUAGUCAAGGAUGUGCAUGUGGAUGUGGCCACUGAGGGUUAGGCUAAGAUUAAGGCAAAUUGAAUUUAAGCGCCAGCCACAUUCCGCUAAAUACGACUACCCCGAGAAACCCAUAGAAAAUUAAACGUUUAAAUGUAAAAUAAUUAGACAGUUAAACCAAGAAGCUUACAAAAACAAUCAGUGUUGAAAACAUUUUGAGAAAACAAAAAAAAAAAAGACAAACGAAACAAAGAAAACGGAAAACGAGACACAAGAAAAUGGCGUCGCAAUGGGCGCGCGUCUGCGGCGCGUGGUCGACCUCCAAAAAGGGUCAGCUCCGAAUGGGUUGGACCGGCAGGGUUAAUGGGUUUCCACGGGGCAGAAACCGAAACAGAUUCAUACCCAGACCCAGGCCCCGCCGCAACACAUUACGACGCUUAUUUAUUUAUAUUCAUUUCGGGCUUUAUUCUCGUUUAGUUCUGUGUGUACAAAUGGUUAUCGUUGCAAUGGAUCGUUUAGAGAGUAGUUAGGAAAAUAUUUGCCAUUGCGAUUAAUUGUGUUUGCAAUCGUUUUCGUUUCCGUUUUUGUUGAAUCCUAGGCGCCCGUACUUGAGAGCAAGUACGGAUGCAUUACGUGUGUGUAUAUUUAGGAGAACCCUUUUUCAAACGCGCUUUAAGUGUCUAUUUGCUAGAGGACAAAAUUAAACACAUCCAUACAUACGAGUAGCAUACCAAUGUAACUAUGUAAAGCAAGACGGUAGCAACCGGUAGCAAAAACGGUAACAUAACAAACAACACGGCAAAGUAAAUAAAUGUAAAGCAAUUAGCGGACUAGUCUGUAUAUCAUAUAUCCCUAUAUACUAUUAUAUAUAC